AUGGAAGUGGAGAUACAAAACUGGACCCGUACGGACGAACACGUCGACUUCCAGGACCGCAUCGACAGUUUCGGCGUCCUUAUGGCCGUUUUGUACCUGGUGGUGUGCGUGGCGGGACUCGCCGGGAAUUCUCUGGUGGCGGUGGCCAUUUUGAAACUGGACAAAAUGGCGUCGGCCACCAUGGUGUACAUUUUCAACCUGGCGCUCGCCGACGGCCUCUUCAUGGUGGGGCUGCCGUUUAUCGCCAGCCAGAACUUUCUGAGCCGCUGGCUGUUUGGCGACGCGGCGUGCAAAGCGGUCACGUUCCUCGACGGUAUCAAUCAGUUCACCAGCGUCUACUGUCUGACGGUGAUGAGCGUCGACCGGUACAUGGCGCUGGCCGACCCACUCAGGUUCGCCUCCUGGAGGACGCCGCGGUGCGCUAAGGUGGUUUCGGCCUUCAUGUGGCUCUUCUCCCUCCUCACCAUCCUCCCGAUGGCGCUUCACUUCUCGGCGGAACGAGGAUUGUGCAUGCCGGACCUCUUCUCGGACAUUUGGUGGCUAGGGGUCUUGUCCUACACCUUCAUCUUGGGUUUCGCUUUGCCGUUUGCCAUCAUGACCGUCUCGUACGUGGCCUUGGUGCUCACCCUGAGAUCGCAGCGACGACGGUCCAACGCGCCCGACCGAGAUAACCGCCGGCUGGAGCGACAGGUCACCAAAAUGGUGGUCGCCGUGGUGGUGGUGUUCGCCGUGUGCUGGCUGCCGUUUUACACCGUCAACUUCUGCUCCACCUAUCAAAGUAACCUCACCUUCGCCCGGAUGUUCGAAGUCUUCGUCUUGCUGUCGUACUCGUGGAGUUGCGCCAACCCCAUCCUCUACGCCUGCUUCUCGGACACCUUCAGGAGGUACUUCCGGGCCCUCCUCUGCUCGGGCGCCAAGGCUUCUCCCAGCAUGCAAUGCAAUACCGAGCAGUACGACCUAAAUGUCACGGGAGCGCAGGAUGUGACCAUUCUAGCGUGA